UUAAAUAAAAGGUAAAAUGAAUAUGCUUGAGAGUAUGCUGGUGCUUCUAAGGAUCACGCACUCGACUAUAAUGACUUUGAAAAGUUUCCAAGACCAGGAAGAACUGAAUCCUAUGAAGGAGAGUAUCAAGAUCAAACAGGUGAUAGUAAAACUGCUCUACACAAUCUUCAGAUGGAUAAAAUGGAUAUGCUCAAAGCCGGAAUACCUCCUUGACUUGAGUAUAAUAACAUUCUGGGGGUCAAAAUUGGCCGAUCUUGUCUUCUAAAUACCUCUUUUCUCUAGUAUCAAAAUCUCCUAAAUCUUAUUUGUACCUAAUGU